AUGGGCAAACGAGCACAGUCGCCAGCCUACGUCCUCGGCGUUGGCAUGACCAAGUUCAUCAAACCACGUGGAAAAGUUGACUACCAUGAACUGGGCUUCGAGGCCGGUGUCAAGGCUAUGCUGGAUGCCCACAUCACUUACGACGACGUCGACCAGGGAGUCGCGUGCUACUGCUAUGGAGAUAGCACCUGCGGCCAGCGGGUCUUCUACCAAUUCGGCCUUACCAAGAUCCCUAUCUAUAAUGUCAACAACAACUGUUCUACCGGUUCAACGGGCCUGGCCAUGGCCCGUACCAUGGUCUCACACGGUGCUGCCGACUGCGUUCUUGUCGUUGGCUUCGAGAAGAUGAGCCCCGGUAGCCUCUCCUCCAAGUUCGACGAUAGAGAGAAUCCUACCGGCAAACUGGGAGAAAUGAUGUUUGCUACCAGGGGAGUUACCAAUGCCCCCGGAGCAGCUCAGAUGUUUGGAAAUGCUGGUGUCGAGUAUAUCGAGAAAUACGGCGCAAAAGCUGAAGACUUUGCUGAGAUCGGACGGAUCAACCACGAACACUCGAAACGAAACCCAUACUCCCAAUUCCAAACCGAAUAUACCCAUGAGCAAAUCUCGAAGUCGCCCAUGAUCCACUUCCCUCUAACCAAACUCCAGUGUUGUCCAACUUCAGACGGCGGUGCCGCAGCCGUAGUCGUCUCCCAGGCCUUCCUUGACGCCCGACCACACCUCAAGGACCAAGCCAUCUUGAUUGCGGGCCAAUGUCUCGCCACAGACACUCCCUCAGUGUACAACGAAAGCUCCAUAAGUCUCAUGGGCUUCGAAAUGACUCGCUACGCAUGCCAGACAGCCGCCGCUGAAGCCGGUAUCAAUGUCAAGGACGUCAAAGUCUGCGAACUACAUGAUUGUUUCUCAGCGAACGAAAUGAUCACCAUCGACGCACUGGAACUUUGCGAGCCAGGGAAGGCCCAUGAGAUGGUUCGAAAGGGCGAUAUCACAUAUGGCGGCAAGAUGGUCAUAAACCCAUCCGGCGGUCUGAUUUCAAAGGGCCACCCUCUCGGCGCAACUGGUAUCGCUCAAUGUGCAGAGCUAGUCUGGCAUCUUCGCGGCUGGGCCAACAAUCGCUUGGUCAAGGACACUGAUGCUGCCUUACAGCAUAAUCUUGGUCUUGGUGGUGCCGUCGUUGUUACAGUGUAUAAACGUGCAGAUGGCAAGGUACCACAGGCCGUGACAAAUGAAGAAGUGGGGAAGAUCAACCAGCUUGGAUAUAAUCCUGCUGUUGAAGCAAAGGGGUUCACAGCUGAACAGGCGGCCAGAGUGCUUAGCAAGGAAAACCGCAGUGACUGGGCCAUGGGAGAUACCCAGGAGAAGGUCCUUGCUCGGUUUUAA